AUGGCUGACCGUUUCCCCUCCUUGGAGGACUUCUCUGAGGGCCAGACUGAAGUCGUUGAGGCCCAAGGUGCCGACCACGACGACUUCCUAGCCCGUGAGCGCGCUGCUCUGGGCGACGACGCCGAUCAAUUCGCAACCUCCAAUGACCACACUGCAGCCAACGAGGGCGGAAACGGAGAUGAUGACCUACUAGGUGGCGGCGAUGGCACACCUGCAGAGGAGAUUGGACAGUUUGAGUCAUCUUUCCCCUCAAUCGGUACACAGGCACAGAACGAGCAAGUCGCCCCUGGCGGUACAAUCACCGGCUCCGGCUCUCCCUUUCCCUCAACUGGAUACCAGAAUACUCAGCCCGAAGAUGAGGGCGAUGCAAUUCGGGAAUGGCGUGCGAAGCGCGACGCGGAGAUCGCUCGUCGUGCCGAGGUCUCGAACGAGAAGAAGGAAUCUACCGUCAAGAAGGCACAAGAGGACAUCGACGACUUUUACGUUUCCUACAACAACAAGGCGGACAAGCACCGUGCCCAGACAAAGGCAGAGGCUGACCAAUUCCUCGCCAAUCGUGAGGAUACCUCCGCCGGUGGUACUAGCUGGGAGCGCAUUGCCAAGUUAGUGGAUGUCUCUGGCAAGGGUAAUGUCGGUGGUGCGAGCGGCUCUGGCAAGGAGCGCUUCCGUGAGUUGUUGAUCGACUUACGGAAAGACCAGGAGGCCCCGGGCGCCAGCGGGAUCUAG